CGUCACCGCCGGGGAGGGGACGGACGGACGGACAGGCGGAGUGACGUCACGGCCCGCCAUGGCCGCCCGCAGAGCGCUGCACUUCGUCUUCAAAGUGGGCGACCGGCCCCGCACCGCGCGGUUCUACCGGGAGCUGCUGGGCAUGAGCGUGCUGAGGCACGAGGAGUUCGAGGAGGGCUGCAAGGCCACCUGCAACGGCCCUUAUGAUGGAAAAUGGAGCAAAACGAUGGUGGGCUACGGGCCAGAGGACAAUCACUUUGUUGCAGAACUGACUUACAAUUAUGGCAUUGGAGAAUAUCGCCUGGGCAAUGACUUUCUGGGCAUCACACUGGUGUCCAGCCAGGCUGUGAGCAAUGCCAAGAAGAUGGGGUGGCCCCUCAAAGAAGUCACAACUGGUGUCUUUGAAACUGAAGCUCCAGGAGGAUACAAGUUCUACUUGGAGGACAAGGAGAAGCUCAAGCAAGAUCCCGUGCUGAAGGUAACCCUGGGUGUCUCAAAUCUGCAGAAGUCUAUUAACUACUGGUCUGGUUUGCUUGGGAUGAAAAUAUACGAGAAGGAUGAGGAGAAGCAAAGGGCUUUGCUGGGCUACGCGGAUAACCAGUGUAAGCUGGAGCUGAAGGCUGUUGGAGGAGCAGUGGAUCACGGGACAGCAUUUGGACGGAUCGCCUUCUCCUGUGCCAAGGAAGAGUUGCCAACCAUUGAAGCACUGAUGAAAAAGGAGAAUCAGAAAAUUUUGACACCCCUGGUGAGCUUGGACACGCCUGGCAAAGCCACAGUGCAAGUGAUUAUUUUGGCUGAUCCUGACGGCCAUGAAAUCUGUUUUGUGGGAGAUGAAGCCUUUAGAGACCUGUCCAAGAUGGACCCUAACGGUGACAAGCUGUUGGAUGAUGCCAUGGCUGCAGACAACAGUGACAAGUGGUUUGCUGCACGUAACAUGAAGAAGGUUUCAGCUUAGCUGGAGGAAAGGACUGGGCUGCUCCUUUGUGCCUUGGAUUUCAUCCAGGAAAAUGCCAGUCCUGUGGAAUGUGUUGCACUGCCCUCCCAAUCUGAGGGUGUUGGUUGAUCGGUUGGUUUGAUUUAAGCUGAUGUCUGUGACUGCUGCUCUCUCCUUUCAAGCAAAUGGCAUGUUCUCCUUCUGAAAAAUCGGGCUGUGCGUUGAGGAGCAGGCUGAGCACGUGGCUUCAAGUCCAGGGAUUAUCAGUUAAGAAAACCUCACAUUUCAGUGUUGUUG